AUGCUCUUCAGGAGGUCGCGCAGCCCCUCAGAGGUCCCUCCAGAACACAACCACGGCCUGGUACCUCCCCGACUUGCCCAUCAACUCGCCCCCUACGUCUUCCAAGACGACUCGCUCUACGUCCCCAAGCUCCCGCCGCGCUACUCUCUCGAAUGCGAGCUACUCUGGCGUUCCGUCCCAGCCACUCUCUGGUAUGCCAAGGACGUCGCGGCGAAGGAUGCGGAAGAACAGCUCGUGCGGGUGCGUGAACAGCUCGCAGCGGGGUCAGGUACUCGCAGGGAGCUGAAGAAGAUGGAACACGAGCUGGAGGAGCGCGUGAAGAUGCUGGACAUGGGGUAUACGGUGCUCUAUCGCGCCAGCUUCUUCUUCUUCCUCUGGCUCUUUCAACAUGGCAUAACGCCCGAGCACGGCUACCAGGCGCUGGAAGAGUACGCAGAAGGCGCUGCUGGCGGGUUGGCGCCGUUCUGGCCGGAUGAGGCUCGUGACAGCUGCUCGGAGGGAGCACUCGUGGCGCCGGAAUGGGUCCUUGCACGCUUUGAGGCGGAAAAGGCUGGAACCGGCAAACUACCGCCUCCUCAACUCGCUUUCCUCGCCACCGACAAUCCCGACUAUCGCUCGUAUCCUGACCCUACGCCCGUCACGAUCAUUCCACCACGUAAUCCAGCGGCACGCAUCCUCGGACUGGUCCACUGCGACCCAUCCGAACAGCCUCCGCCCUACACCUCGUAUCGUGACGGUUGCGAAGCGGGUACGGAUCUUCCCCCGGACAAGACAAGUCUUCCCCCCGACUCGUCCGUCGCCAAGGCGUACUCGGUCGACUCGGGCCACAACCCGGCUGGCGACCUCAUCGACUUCGAAGAAGGCCCUUCCUCGCCGUCUCCGCACUCUCACGGCACGCUCUGA